UUGAUGAAUUUUUACUCAUUUUUUCCCUAUUUUUUCAAGUAAGGAGACAUUUGUGGCAGAUGUUACGGUAUUUUCAACCUGUCCACCAAAAACAUUUACAUAUAAUUUGUAUAAACCAAGAUAUUCACUCACUACCUUUAAUUUGUUUUAGUUAGACCAAGUCAUGGAGACUUGUAAACUUGUUAUUCAUUUCCAUCCCCUAUAUUCCUAUUAUUUAGUAACCUUUCAACUGUAUCCAUCAACUGGCCUUAAAAUUAAUGCACAUUCAUAUUCAACUUCAUCAAUCUUGUUAGCUCAAGUGUUAAUUACCUCUAUCCAAAAUCAGUUUUUUCUUACUUGUUGUAUCAAAAAUUUGCACUCCUUAUAAGUUAAUUAAUGUCAAAUUAAUUUGGUAGAAAUUGGUAUUCGAUGGCAAAAGACCAUGGUGGAUCUCCAAAGUUGUACCAGCUUGAAUCGAAGAGAAAACGAGUUACUUGGAUUGUUGGUGUUAGUGGUCUAUGCAUCUUUUUCUAUGUUCUAGGAGCUUGGCAGAAUAAUGGAAGACGACCAACUCCAUCUGCUGAAGUGUACACGAGAGUUGGAUGUGAUCAUGAUAUGUCAUCGUCAUCGUCAAUAUCAUCAUCAGUAGUUCCUAUGGAUUUCGAGAGCCAUCAUCAACUAGUGGUAAACAAUACAAAGUCAUUAGAAAACUUUUCACCAUGUGAAAUGUUGUAUAGUGAAUACACACCAUGUCAAGAGCCACAAAGGGGUAGAAAAUUUGAUCGUAAUAUGCUAAAAUACAGAGAGAGGCAUUGUCCAAAUAAGGAAGAGAAAGAGGCGUUACGUUGUCUUAUACCUGCUCCACCCAAUUAUAAAAUCCCUUUCAAAUGGCCACAGAGUAGAGACUAUGCUUGGUUCGCGAAUAUCCCACAUAAAGAGCUUAGCAUUGAGAAGGCUGUUCAAAAUUGGGUCCAAGUCGAAGGUGAUCGUUUGAGAUUCCCAGGAGGUGGCACCAUGUUUCCACACGGAGCUGAUGCUUACAUUGAUGAUAUAAGUGAACUCGUUCCCCUUACUAGUGGAACUAUUCGUACAGCAAUUGAUACAGGAUGUGGUGUUGCAAGUUGGGGUGCUUAUCUACUAAAAAGGGAUAUAAUAGCUAUGUCAUUUGCUCCAAGAGAUACACAUGAAGCACAAGUUUGGUUUGCACUUGAAAGAGGAGUUCCAGCAAUGAUUGGUGUUAUGGGUUCUCAGAGACUUCCAUAUCCAGCUAGGGCUUUUGAUAUGGCUCAUUGUUCUCGUUGCUUGAUUCCAUGGUACAAGUACGAUGGGUUGUACCUAAUUGAAGUUGACAGAGUUCUACGUCCCGGGGGUUAUUGGGUACUUUCAGGCCCUCCGAUUCGUUGGAAGACAUAUUGGAGAGGUUGGGAAAGAAGCCAAGAAGAUUUGAAGAAAGAACAGGAUUCUAUUGAAGAGACUGCUAGACAACUUUGCUGGAAAAAAGUGAUUGAAAAAGGUGAUUUAUCUGUGUGGCAAAAGCCUCUGAAUCACAAUAAGUGUAUCAAAAACAAAUCACCAUUUAUCUGCAAGGCACGCAACAAAGCCGAUGCAGCAUGGUAUCAAGACAUGGAAGCUUGUAUCACUCCGCUACCAGAAGUAACCAACUCAGAUGAAGUAGCAGGUGGUGCAUUAGAAAAAUGGCCGGAACGAGCCUUUGCUAUUCCUCCUAGGAUCAGUACUGGCUCCAUACCAAGUAUUACAGUUGAGAAAUUUAAGGAGGAUAACCAGGUAUGGAAUGAGCGUGUGUCAUACUACAAACGUCUAAUUGGUCUAUUGCCUCAAGGACGAUACAGAAAUGUGAUGGAUGCAAAUGCUUAUUUAGGUGGAUUUGCAGCAGCUCUUUCGAAAUAUCCAGUUUGGGUAAUGAAUGUGGUUCCUGCUAAGAAUGAGCCAGACACUUUGGGUAUCAUAUAUGAAAGAGGCUUUAUUGGUACAUACAAUGACUGGUGUGAAGCUUUUUCAACAUAUCCGCGAACUUAUGAUCUCAUUCAUGCUGGUGGCUUGAUCAGCCUAUAUCAGGACAGAUGUGAUAUCACGUAUAUUCUACUUGAGAUGGAUAGAAUAUUGAGGCCUGAAGGUACAGUUAUAUUCAGAGAUGGAGUAGAAGCACUAGUGAAAAUCAAAAGUAUUGCAGACGGUAUGAGAUGGCAAAGUCGAAUUGUGGAUCAUGAGAGCGGACCAUUUAACCCAGAGAAGAUUCUUAUUGCUGUAAAAACUUACUGGACUGGUGAACCUAAACGAGAAUAGCUGAUCAGCCACACAAUAUUUUCGCGUAUGGUUAUGAAGUUUCUUUUUUGUUAUUGCUUGUAGUUGGAAUUAUUAACUUCAUUGCAGAUGAAUAGAAUAGAAGAUCGAUUCAUGCUCAUACUCUUUCAUCUUGCACCAUUUUUUUGCUUCUUAUAAUGUUGGGUACAAUAUCACUCUUACUGAGUGGCGUAGCCACUGGACACCCUUUAUCAGAAAAAAAAUACCAUAUAUAUAAGUAAAAUGAUACAUGAAAUGAUUAAAUAACAUAUUUUGGACACCCUUAACAUAACAAGCUAUUGUAUCCCGUGGUUUCACCUCCUUGGAAUGAGGUAGUGCUCGUGUGUUUGAAUUUCACUAAUUCUACUUUUUGAAAAGAGCUCUGUGCUAUUUCUGGACACCCUUUGUGAAAUUACUGGCUCUGCACUAACUCUUACUUGAUUAUGCACAUGACUUUUAGCACGUAACAUAUGCAAAGAAAACUAUACUAGUAUAUAUCUUCAA